UAUUUCAAACCACGUAUAAGUUAUUCGUAGAGUUUAUUCGAAAUUUGAAAAUAACAACAAGAAUAAUAAUAAGCAUAUGGCGGUGCUCCAAUUGGCGGUGUCCACAUUGUAGAAACCCAAAAGAAACGCCAUUACAUGAACUGGAGAAAUUUGUGAUCAAGUUUUUUGCAUUAGUAUUUACGUUGUAUCAAAUCAUAACCUUUUCUUGUAUUCGUGCUUGUAAACGCAUCGUAGCACUUAAACGAGGUGUAACAGUCACAGAUAUAGGACAUAUAGCGCUGGCCGAUUAGCUAAACGAAAAUAAACGCGAAAUGGGUAUCUAAUCGUAUAAUCAAUUUAAUAUCAUGAUUUCCAUCUCUCUUCUCCAUCUUGGUCGCUCAGACACGGGGUUCAUGUCUUGGGUCGGCAAUUUGCAACCUACCAAUAUGACCAGGGACGAGGAUGACGAGCACAUCCCCACGAUUAACGUGGUUGCCCCUGAUGAGAAAUCUGCAGUGAGCUCUCGACGGCGAAAGAAGGUGGUGACGUUUGCUAGUUUGGCGGACCUUGCGGAGAUACACGCCUUAGCGGUAUGUGAAGCCGAUUCCCAAGCUCUAGAGAUAGGCAACACAGAUGGCUCCGAAGACGCAAAACCACAAGCUUUGCCAGAUCCAAGCUACUUCUUGAACAUGCCUUUAGAGGAUUAUGACGCAACAAGUAACAACAUACCUGCCGAUGACACCUUUCUUGUAUUGCGUCAGUAUGGGACAACAUCCCGUAUUCAGCACGUGUUUCGGUUUAACAAAGCACGUUCGUUGUGGCUCUUUGGACCUCUGCAGCCUCUUAGACGGUGGACUAUCAGUGUCGUCACGAACCAAUAUUUUGAGAUGAUUGUGAUCGUGGUGAUACUAAUAAACUGUGUGUUUCUUGCGUUUAAAGAUCCACCAGAGGAAGCCGAGUACGUGUUUACAGCAAUAUAUACAAUGGAGAUGAUUUUAAAGAUAAUAUCACGUGGAUUUAUUCUCCAUAAUUACGCUUACCUCAGAGAUCCCUGGAACUGUCUGGACUUCAUUGUCGUCGUUUUGGGGUACAUAACCAUUGCUCCAAACAUUGUGAGCUUCACGGCCAUCCGCACGGUACGGGUACUGCGGGCUCUGAGGACUAUCUCUGUUGUUUCAGGUCUCCGGGCGAUGGUGAACACGCUACUCCGUUCACUGAAGCUCUUGAGCGAUGUCUUGGUUUUGUUUUUGUUCUUCCUCGCUGUCAUGGCGCUCAUUGGACUGCAGCUGUUUGUGGGAGAAUUGAGGAACAAUUAUAUUCACAUUCUUCGUCUUCUUAGGUCUUGUCCAACUAACUACACAUGUAUGGCUGACGCUGGACCUAACCCUGAUAAUGGUUAUACCGGCUUUGACCACAUUGGAUGGGCCUUACUAAUGGCCUUUCAAAUUCUAACAAUGGACUACUGGGAAAACCUUUUCAACAAGGUUGUCAAGGCUGUAGGUGUGUGGUAUGUCUUUUACUUUGUGAUCACCAUUUUCUUCUGCUCGUUCUAUCUGCUCAAUCUUGUGUUAGCUGUGGUGUAUCUCUCUUACGAAAAAGAAUUGCAAUCCCUUGAACAAGAGGAGAGAAGGAAGGAGCGCUUAAAGAAAACCGCUGCUUCCUACAUCGCAGACAAUGACACUCUCAAGAUCCUCAAACCGCUAAAGAAACUCAGCAAGACGAAAGGAGCUAUGGCUGAAGUCACGCAAGCAGCCUGUAUAGUGACUGAAGUUCCAGAAGUCCAACAAGGAGAUACCAGUAAUCGACGAAGUCUAUCGGAAACAGUCUUGACGUGCUUUCAACACACACAGACGGCAUGUGACUCCUGUUUGAACAAGUUGCCGUUUUUUAAGCCUAUGAGAAAACGCAUGCGUUCUGUUGCUGAGAGCGCCGCAUUUGACGCUGUUAUUAUAGGAAUUAUUUUGUUGAAUACCAUUGUGCUCGCUCUCUAUCAUUACGGGAUUGAAAGGACAUUCGAGAAAGUUCUGGACUUAUGUAAUAUGGUGUUCACGAUAAUCUUUGUGAUAGAGAUGAUAUGGAAACUUAUCGCCUUUGGUCCGCUGACUUACGUCAAGAGCCGGUGGAACGUGUUUGACGCCGUCAUUGUGAUUGCAAGUGUUGCUGGGUAUCUUACAGCGUCUGGUGGAAGCUUCAGUAUUUUCCGUAGCUUGAGACUGUUCCGAGUACUAAACCUUGCCCAAUCCUGGAAGACCAUGGCCAAACUGGUCGCAGCCAUAACCAAGAGUGUGGGUCCUGUUGGAAACAUCACCCUUAUACUCGGUGUCAUCAUCUACAUAUUUGCCGUGGUUGGAAUGAGGGUAUUUGGUGAUGCUUACACGGAGGACAAGUUUGGAAAAGACGGUGUACCUCGCUGGAACUUCAAUGAUUUUUGGCACGCGUUCAUGAUGGUGUUCAGAGUGCUGUGUGGGGAAUGGAUCGAGCCUCUCUGGGACUGCAUGAGGGCCACCAACCCGAUGGCCAUUUUGUUCUUUUUACCGGCCUUCGUUAUUGGUAACUUUAUUGUUCUUAACCUUUUUAUCGCUCUCUUGUUGAGUGCUUUUGACACUGAAGACGACGAGAACGUUUCCGAUGACGAAGAAGGACAAAAUUCCAAGCUGAAACGUAUGCUAAAAAAACUUACCAAGACCAAAAAGACCCGGCUAUUUGUGGCUACAUUCAAAGAAAGAUACAAACUAUACGAAGUGCAGCUACUGGAGAGUAAUGUCGCAUCACAGGGUACCCCUGUGGGUAGAAAGACUACAGAAGGAGUAACGGAGACAUCCGGAAAUUUCCAAAAAGGUAAAGCGCAAAUCGUAGCAAGUGAUAACCAAUCUCCCAAGAGGACACCCAACAGGUACAUUGUUGAAGUGGACGACUGUCUGCCUGAGUACUGUAUGUGUUCAAUGUCGUCACACCAACACUUCAAGUGGCUUAAAUUCCGGUGCAGCAUCAGAUGCGUGGUAGAGCACAAGUAUUUCGAGUGGUUCAUUCUCUUCACUGUAAUGUUCAGUAGCUUUGUUCUGAUUUUUGAGGACAUUCACCUUCCCGAGAGGCCACUCCUUGAAAAGACAUUAAACAUUCUAAAUUAUUUCUUCGCUGCUGUGUUUUCGCUGGAGUUUAUUCUUAAGAUUCUCGGUCUAGGUGUUGUCAAAUACUUCUCUUCAGUUUGGAACUGCUUGGACGCUUUUAUCGUGGCGAUUUCCUUGGCUUGUUUGUCAGAGAACAAACAGUUGUCAGUGUUUCGAUCUCUUCGAACCCUCAGGGCACUACGGCCUCUCCGAGCCAUAUCCCGUAUGGAGGGAAUGAAGGUUGUCAUCAACGCAUUAUUCGCAGCCAUUCCAGGUAUCGGCAAUGUUCUUGUGGUGUCGCUUCUCUUCUGGUUGAUAUUCAGCAUUCUUGGUGUCCAGUUGUUUUCUGGCAAGUUCCAAGCAUGCGUAGAUCAUGAAGGCGAAAGGGUACCAGCCAGCGUUGUUCCAAACAAAACAAAAUGUCUUCGUUUCCCGGAAAAGUACGUCUGGAAGAACUCUGAGGCGAAUUUCGAUAACGUUCUCAAUGGCUUUCUCGCACUCUUUCUGGUGGCAACAUUUGAAGGUUGGAUUGACGUCAUGCAUAAUGCAGUUGAUUCCACAGAGCUUGACGAGCAGCCACAGAAGAAUAGCAACAUGAUCGCGUACAUCUAUUUUGUAGCAUUUAUCAUUCUUGGUUCUUUCUUUGUCCUCAAUCUGUUCGUCGGUGUUGUCAUUGACAACUUCAACUCCUUGAAGAAGAAGGUACGUGUCAAUGACUCAAUCGAAUCAAGUGAUAACCAAUCUCCCAAGAGGACACCCAACAGGUACAUUGUUGAAGUGGACGACUGUCUGCCUGAGUACUGUAUGUGUUCAAUGUCGUCACACCAACACUUCAAGUGGCUUAAAUUCCGGUGCAGCAUCAGAUGCGUGGUAGAGCACAAGUAUUUCGAGUGGUUCAUUCUCUUCACUGUAAUGUUCAGUAGCUUUGUUCUGAUUUUUGAGGACAUUCACCUUCCCGAGAGGCCACUCCUUGAAAAGACAUUAAACAUUCUAAAUUAUUUCUUCGCUGCUGUGUUUUCGCUGGAGUUUAUUCUUAAGAUUCUCGGUCUAGGUGUUGUCAAAUACUUCUCUUCAGUUUGGAACUGCUUGGACGCUUUUAUCGUGGCGAUUUCCUUGGCUUGUUUGUCAGAGAACAAACAGUUGUCAGUGUUUCGAUCUCUUCGAACCCUCAGGGCACUACGGCCUCUCCGAGCCAUAUCCCGUAUGGAGGGAAUGAAGGUUGUCAUCAACGCAUUAUUCGCAGCCAUUCCAGGUAUCGGCAAUGUUCUUGUGGUGUCGCUUCUCUUCUGGUUGAUAUUCAGCAUUCUUGGUGUCCAGUUGUUUUCUGGCAAGUUCCAAGCAUGCGUAGAUCAUGAAGGCGAAAGGGUACCAGCCAGCGUUGUUCCAAACAAAACAAAAUGUCUUCGUUUCCCGGAAAAGUACGUCUGGAAGAACUCUGAGGCGAAUUUCGAUAACGUUCUCAAUGGCUUUCUCGCACUCUUUCUGGUGGCAACAUUUGAAGGUUGGAUUGACGUCAUGCAUAAUGCAGUUGAUUCCACAGAGCUUGACGAGCAGCCACAGAAGAAUAGCAACAUGAUCGCGUACAUCUAUUUUGUAGCAUUUAUCAUUCUUGGUUCUUUCUUUGUCCUCAAUCUGUUCGUCGGUGUUGUCAUUGACAACUUCAACUCCUUGAAGAAGAAGUACGAAGAAAUAAGCAGUAUGGGCAUGUUCCUAACAGAGACACAAAGGAAGUGGGUGAAUUUCCUGAAAGAGGCAGCCAAGAAAAAGCCUCCUGCAAAAGGUUUAAGACCGAAGGACCGAUGUCGUGCCGUGUUAUACGACGUGGUGACAGGAGACAAGUUUGAGAUCGCCAUUCUGACAGUGAUAAUAUGUAACAUGGUGAUGAUGAUGAUACAGCAUUACGGACAGUCGGCCCAGGUCUCCAGCAUCUUGCGGAUCUCAAACUGGGUUUUCACUGGAAUAUUCACAGCUGAAGCUAUCGCGAAACUGAUUGCCUUGCGACAGCAUUACUUUAAGAAGGCGUGGAAUGUAUUUGAUUUCAUCAUAGUUAUUUCAUCACUCAUUGGGGUAGUACUUGACGAAAUCAGCGUCAAAGAUACAGUAGUCAAUCCCAGUCUCCUGCGCGUCAUGCGGAUCUUCAGAAUCGCCAGGCUACUAAGAGUGCUUGAAUUUGCCAAAGGAAUUCGGCAGCUUCUUGUUGCACUGAUGAUCUCACUGCCGGCAUUAUUCAACAUCGGCACUUUGUUAUUUUUGGUCAUUUUCAUCUACGCCAUCAUAGGCAUGUCGGCUUUCGGUCGAGUCAAGAAGCAAGGAAAUCUGGAUAACAUCGUAAAUUUUGAAACGUUUGGGAGUUCCAUGAUGCUGCUGUUCCGUCUCUCCACUGGCUCGGGCUGGAAUGACGUCAUGAGUUCAUUGUCGCUUCAACCACCGGACUGCGACCCAAAUUACGAAGGCUUUCCAAAAGGGAACUGUGGUUCUCCUCUCGGAGCUGCCAGCUACCUCAUCAGCUACAUCGUUAUCGUGUUUAUGAUCAUUGUCAACAUGUAUAUCGCUGUAAUUCUUGAAAACGUCAACCGCGCUCACGAAAACGACGAUUUUGCCAUAACGAAAGAAGAUUUUGACAGGUAUUAUCUUAAAUGGGCUGCCUUUGUUCCAAAUGGAAAGCAAUUCAUUCCUCUAAGUCAACUAUCGGACUUUGUGGACGCGCUGGAUAAACCAUUCAGGCAUCCCAAACCUAACGACGAGCGGUUGCGACAAUUAGAUAUCACCAUACGAGCCGGCGAACUCAUUCACUGCUUUGAUCUGCUCAAGGCGCUCGUGCGGUGCAUUCUGGAAGAGCACGGCGAGUCGCCAGAUGUGUUCCAGGAUAUUACAGUCAGAAUGGAAGCACAGUUUACAAAGUCUUUAGGAAGGAAGCAUUCCAUCGCUGUCCUUGGCUCCACGCAAACAAAAUUUCAAUGCGGUGAGCAAACUGAAGUGGUAUAAAACAAAGGAUUAAAUGGCAUCAAGGGGAAAGGCGAUAAAUCAAGAAUGUUUGGAGCUGUUUGGGUGCUUACCUUAAAUAUGAGUCAUUGAGAAACAGAGCAAGGCUUGUGGAUGGUCUUUUUAAGAAACCAAGUUCUGGACAUGCCCCAGAGACUGCUACAAAAUCCUCACAAUAAUGGCGACUAUGCUGAUUUUUCCAGAGGAAUGAAAUCGAUAACAGUUAGGCC